AUGGAGGAGGAAAUGAAGCCGUCUCCUCUGAGUGAAGUCCACAGCUCCGACCGCUCAAACCGCAACAGAGAGGCCGUUAGCUCCGCGUCUGGGUCGACCCGGGAUGUGUUUACUGACGGGGAGAUCCCAGGACGUCACGCCGAAACACCACCAGAGGAGCCGUCAGAAGGAGAAAAUAAAGCGACGUCUAUUCUGUCUUUUCUCAGACAUAACAGGGAAAGGUCACAAGGUCAGAGAGGGAAUAGAAGCAGAGUUCAAGUGUGCCGCCAUGAAUACGACAGGGUUCCUCUUCUAAAUCUCAAAAAAUAG